AUGAUAGUGGUCUCUAUGAAUAUGAGAGGGGGAGGCAGUAGUGCAAAGAGGAAGAGAGUGGCUUCUCUAAUUCAAAAAGGGGGACCUGAGAUUUGUUUUUUACAAGAGACAAAAUUGAGUAGCUUGAGCAGUAGGAUGGUUAAGGAAUUGUGGGGUGAUGAGAAUGUUGAAUGGUCUGUUUCGGAUUCGGUAGGGGCGUCAGGAGGCAUCUUAACAAUGUGGAAGAAGGAUUAUUUCGAUCUAAUUUACAGCUUUCGAGACGAAGGUUUUCUAGGCCUUUGCGUUGAAAAAUUAGGAAAUCUAAUCUACUUCGUUAAUGUGUAUGCUUCUUGUGAUAGGAUUAUUAGAAGAAGGACAUGGAAGAGGUUAAUAGAGAUAAAAAAUAACAAUAAGGAGGGUUCUUGGUGUAUAGGAGGGGACUUCAAUUCCGUUUCUUCUAGCGAGGAACGGGUAGGAGUUUCAAAAGGCAACAACAACAAAGAGAUAGAGAUUUUCAAGAGUUUCAUCGAGAUGAUGGAGGUGGUGGAUGUUCCUACAAUAGGAGGCAAGUUUACCUAG